AGGAUUAACAGAAAAAUACAUUUAUUUUAUUUGUUGAAUCUGUGAAUGCAUUCCUCCCGGCAGCGGAAGGCGUUCCUGACCUCCUCUCUGGUGAUGGGCUCCGUGUUCUUCCUCUGCAGCCUCGUGCUCUUCUUCGGGGUGAAGGAGCAGCGAGCUCCUCUGGUCUCGGAGGACAGACAGCGUCCCUCCUGUCUCUCGUCUCUAAAGAAGAUGAUCCGUCACGCUCCAUAUCAGCGGCUGCUGCUCGGCUCCGUGUUCAGCGUGCUCGCAUUCCAGAUGUCCUUGGGUAACUUUGCCCUCUUCUGCAGCCAUGCGGCGGGGCAGGGGGGGCAUUUCCAGCUCCUCCUGCUGGUUCUCCUG